AGGAGGGAGGGAGAAAGAGAGAGAACGGGAGGCAGAAGGAGCCGCGGAACGGAUUGCAGCCGGCUGCUGCUUGGCGAAGGAAGGCGAGGCGUCGGCAGGCAGCAUCCUCAUCAUCCUCCUCCCGGAGGGGGUCCUCUUCCUUCCCCCGCUUUCGCGAUGCCGCAGCCCCCUCCGGGAGGGGGUCGCCCCUCUUUCCCUGCGAGGCCGCCUUGGCGAGGACGACCCCGGCCCCUCCGAUGAGAAAGAUCCGCAGCCAUAGCACCCCCUCCUCCUCUUCCUCUUCCUCCUCCUCCUCCUCCUCCUCCUCCGCAGGAUGGUGCAGAAGUCGCGCAACGGCGGCGUGGGCUACCCGGGCGCCUCCUCGGGCGAGAAGAAGCUGAAGGUGGGCUUCGUGGGGCUGGACGCCGGCCCUCCGGACUCCACCCGCGACGGGGCGCUGCUCAUCGCCGGCUCCGAGGCAGGCGAGGGCGGGGGGCGAGGCGGGCUGGGCGGAGGGGGCGGCGGAGGAGGGGGCUCCAAGCGGGGCUCCAUCCUCAGCAAGCCCCGCUCCGCCGUCUCCGGAGGGAAGCCCCCCAAGAGGAACGCCUUCUACCGCAAGCUCCAGAAUUUCCUCUACAACGUGCUGGAGAGGCCCCGCGGGUGGGCCUUCAUCUACCACGCUUACGUUUUUCUACUGGUUUUCUCCUGCUUGGUGCUCUCUGUCUUUUCUACUAUUGAUGACUAUGAGGCGAGUUCUGAAGGUGCCCUCUAUAUUCUGGAAAUAGUCACCAUUGUGGUCUUCGGUGUGGAGUAUUUUGUCAGGAUCUGGGCUGCUGGUUGCUGCUGCCGAUAUCGGGGCUGGAGGGGAAGGUUGAAAUUUGCCCGCAAACCCUUUUGUGUCAUCGACAUCAUGGUGUUAAUCGCCUCCAUUGCCGUGUUGGCUGCUGGGUCCCAGGGGAAUGUCUUUGCUACUUCUGCACUCAGGAGUUUGCGGUUUCUGCAGAUCUUGCGGAUGAUACGGAUGGACCGGAGGGGAGGCACUUGGAAGCUGUUGGGAUCAGUAGUGUAUGCCCAUAGCAAGGAGCUGAUCACUGCCUGGUACAUUGGUUUCCUUUGCCUCAUCUUAGCCUCUUUCCUGGUCUACUUGGCUGAGAAGGGUGAAAACGAGCACUUUGACACCUAUGCAGAUGCCCUGUGGUGGGGCCUGAUUACACUGACCACUAUUGGCUAUGGGGACAAGUAUCCACAGACAUGGAACGGACGCCUCCUUGCAGCCACUUUUACCCUGAUCGGGGUGUCCUUUUUUGCCCUCCCUGCUGGCAUCCUAGGUUCUGGAUUUGCUCUGAAGGUUCAAGAACAACAUCGUCAAAAGCAUUUUGAGAAGAGGAGGAAUCCUGCAGCCGGCCUGAUUCAGGCUGCAUGGAGGUUUUAUGCCACCAACCUCAGCCGCACGGAUCUGCAUUCCACUUGGAAUUACUACGAGAGAACAGUCACUGUUCCGAUGUACAGCUCACAAACGCAAAGCUAUGGUGCUUCCAGACUCAUCCCUCCUUUGAACCAGCUGGAACUCCUGAGGAACCUGAAGAGCAAAUCGGGAUUGACAUUCAGGAAAGAGCAACAGCCUGAGCCAUCUCCAAGUCAAAAGGUCAGCUUGAAAGAUCGUGUCUUCUCCAGCCCCCGAGGUGCAGCCACCAAAGGGAAAGGUUCUCCUCAGGCCCCAGGGAUCCGGCGAUCCCCCAGUGCGGACCAGAGCAUUGAUGACAGCCCAAGUAAAGUCCCCAAGAGCUGGAGCUUUGGAGACCGAAGCCGAGCCCGGCAAGCCUUCCGCAUCAAGGGAGCUUCAUCCCGGCAAAAUUCAGAAGACGCAGGCCUUCCUGGAGAAGAUAUGGGAGAUCCUGACAACAAGAGCUGCAACUGUGAAUUUGUGACAGAAGAUCUGACCCCAGGCCUUAAACUCAGCAUCAGGGCAGUGUGUGUGAUGAGAUUUCUGGUUUCAAAACGGAAGUUCAAGGAGAGCCUGCGGCCCUAUGACGUAAUGGAUGUCAUAGAACAGUACUCGGCAGGACAUUUGGAUAUGCUUUCCAGGAUCAAAAACCUUCAAUCCAGGAUAGAUAUGAUUGUGGGUCCCCCGCCCCCUUCAACUCCCCGGCAUAAGAAGUAUUCAACUAAAGGAUCCUCACCCCAAUACUCGCCUAGAGUUGACCAGAUUGUUGGGCGAGGGCCAUCUAUGACAGACAAGGACCGAACAAAAGGCUCAGGCGAAGGAGAACAGGAAGAUCCAAGUAUGAUGGGCAGACUCGGAAAGGUAGAAAAACAGGUACAGUCCAUGGAGAAGAAGUUGGACUUCCUAGUGAACAUCUACAUGCAGCGGAUGGGGAUACCUCCAACAGAAACAGAAGCCUACUUUGGGUCCAAGGAACCAGAUCCAGCACCACCUUAUCAUAGCCCAGAAGACAGCCGGGAGCAUAUUGACAAAAAUGGGUGCAUUAUUAAGAUCAUUCGCUCCACAAGUUCCAUGGGACAGAAGAAUUUCUCUGCACCGCCGGCCACAACGGUGCCAAACAACUCAUGCCCCCCUUCCACUUCUUGGCAGCCAUAUACCCGGCAAAGCCACGGAGUCUCUCCGGUUGGUGAACCUGGUUCUUUGGUAAGAAUCCCACCACCACCUUCACACGAGCGCUCUUCGUCUGCCUACGGCGGUGGGCACAGGGCCAGUGCUGAGUACGCAAAGAAUGAAGAUGUUACCGCUAAACAUCCUGAGAGUGCCCUGAGGGAUAGUGACACCUCAAUUUCUAUCCCCUCAGUUGACCAUGAGGAGCUGGAGCGUUCCUUCAGUGGGUUUAGCAUUUCCCAGUCCAAAGAAAAUUUGGACGUCCUUAACAACGGUUGCUAUACCGCUGUAGCCAAAAUCAGACCCUACAUUGCAGAAGGGGAAUCGGACACGGAUUCUGAUCUCUGCACACCCUGCGGGCCCCCACCAAGGUCAGCAACAGGUGAGGGACCUUUCAGUGACAUGGGCUGGUCAACACCUAGACAGUGAAGCAACGGGGCAUCAUCUGAAUGCAACAUGAAGAACAUGGGGCAGCUUUUCCCCAUGCUACACGUCUUCAGAAGACUGUUCUUUGACCUGGAAGCUGUGGGUGUUUCAUCACAGUUUUGCUCUGGGGUUGGGGGAGCAAAUGUUGUGCGCUCUACAGGGAGAAGUCACUGUAGCAAAUAAUUUGAAGCCUUGAAAUGUUUGGAAUUCUUUCGUACUAUCUUUCUAAAGCUGAUAGGUGCACCUAUUAUUAUACAUCAGGGUAGGUAGCUCAAGUUCUUGGUGACCUUUACAGCUAAGAAUGCACAGACAUCACUUGAGAAAGUGGGUCAAAUAAGUUGUGAGAAAACAUUUUUUUUCUUAUAAUAGGUAAUAGCACUGAGCUAUCAGAUCACAUACAAGAUAUACUGGUAUGAGAAAAGAAACAUGCCACUAAUUAUGCCUUGGGAAUGGGGGAAACAAGUCUUUAAGUGGAUUGACAAAUGUGGGUUUAAUGUUAGUUACAGAGAAAUUAGCAGUAGAGACCCAGGCCUGGUUGUACAAUGGAUAGGUUAUAUCCUAAUGGCGCACAGAUGAUGGGCAAAAAUAAAUGUGUUCUUGCAGCACUGGGGAUAGGCCCACAGUUACAAUAGGGGCACCUGAACACAAAGAACAAAGAAGUCUGUGGAAAGCAAGGUUUCUUUUCUUUUUCUUUUAAAUUUACAUCUACAAGAUGGCAUCAAAACAUCUCUUGAUCUGCAUGCUCAAAUGUUUACAUGGCUUUGCACUUGUUUGAACCUUGUUAUCUAAUGCAGGAAAGAAUAAACUCCCUUGGGAGGAUACUCCGUGGGCUUUGGGGGGAAAAGGUGUUUGGAAGCCAAGAAUGGUCUUCUCCAAGAUCACAUCAGUUCACCAGAAUAGGAUCAGGCAGUGCAACCGCUGAAUCAUUCACAUUUAUGUAGCCACAUUUCUAGUAUUUAUUCACAAAAUUUAGAAUGCCUGUUUACACACAACAUGCUGCAGUAUUCACAAGAAAGAGAGGUUAACUGAGGCAUUCUUAGUAUCACCUGUGGAAGCAGCCUAAAGGCAACCGCCCACUGUAAUACUGCCUUGCACCCACUCCAAUAGAAGAUAUACAAGAAGCUUGAGAGUCAUCCAAAAGAUCAGAAGUCUUAUGUUAGAACUCUUGUUGUGAAUGGGAAUUCAC